UGAAUAAAUGCUACUAUGAAGAUUCAACCCUAUGAAAAGAUAAAGGCCAGAGGCUUACCUGAUAAUAUAUCUUCUGUGCUGAACAAGCUGGUGGUGGUGAAACUCAAUGGAGGUUUGGGAACCAGCAUGGGCUGCAAAGGCCCAAAAAGUCUGAUCGGUGUGAGGAAUGAGAAUACCUUUUUGGAUCUGACCGUUCAGCAAAUUGAACAUUUGAACAAAACCUACAAUACAGAUGUUCCUCUUGUUCUAAUGAACUCUUUUAACACGGAUGAAGAUACAAAAAAAAUACUACAGAAGUACAAUCACUGUCGUGUGAAAAUCUACACUUUUAAUCAAAGCAGGUACAAGUAAAAAAAAGAAAAAGUCUGAAGGGUGUUACCUCUGGGAAAUAAAGAUUUCUUUGUCUUGUUUAAAUAGAGCAGCCUCAAGAUGUACAUGUGCCAAAAAACUCAUGUUUGCAAAUGUUCAAUGUCUUUAAAGGCUGAAUACUUGUUCAUAGACAGGUGAUUGUUACAAUCACUCUGUGAUCCUUCCUGAGAGAAAAUCCGCUUGCUCCAUGUGCAGAAUAUUUGAGGAUGGCUUAGGUCAUUGCUUUCUGAGGGCAUAUUGGGGCUCCAUGUGGAUCUAUGAAAAUUUUUAUACGUUCUACAGUAUUGAUAACCUUCUUUCAUGUGGGAAGAAAUUUUUCAACAUCCUGGACAGGCUUGGGGAAAACGUAAUAAAUCCUGGGAAAAAAUCUUCUACUUUGAGGAAGGGAAAGUAAGUGCAGGCAUACCUUAUUU